UUUUCUGCAGCAAAAUGCGUUAGCAAAUUAAAUCAGAAAAAUAAAUUAGCCGCGGUUCUAUUCUGCCAAAUGCAUAUGCUUCAGUGUCGAAAUAUUAACCUCUGCAUUUAAGCAAAAUCCGUAAAUCAAGAAUAAAAUAUAUUCUAGAACGGGCUGAUUACAAAAAUAAGAUUCCAUAAAUGGAAGUACGUAUAUGCAUAGCCUGAGGCAACUGAGGAAAUCGAUGCGGUGUCUGAAUGGUUUUCUUUUAAUGUAGUUUGAGCAACUAUGGACGCAAACUCAGUAUUCCGUAAAUGAUGGAACGAAAGUUGUAGGCUGUUCAUCAGCGAAGAACGGUUGUCGGGAUCUUCACUUCCGUAAACGCUCGGUUGCUUCAGUAUCAAUAAUUGUUGAACUUCUUCUGGCGGUUUACAGAAGCGAAAAAAGAGAAGAUAACGGGCAUGAUGGGGAAACUUGCUCUACUGACUGUUAUUCUUGACGUUUAUGCACAGAUAAAAGCUCUUCCUCCAGAAUGUGAUCCUUAUAUUAUUCUUCUCAAAGAAGAGGAAAACUGCCAUAAGGAGUUGUGGAAACACAACACAUCAAUCUCUGUCGAUUUCCAAACAGGAUGCAAAGGGAUGUGGGACCAUCUUAACUGUUGGCCCUAUGCAAACAUAGGGGAGACCAUAUCACAGCCCUGUCCAACAUUCCUCCACACCAAUGGGGAGGUUUUUAGGAACUGCACUACCCAGGGCUGGACAGAACCCUACCCACCGCAUGAGAUAGCCUGUGAAUAUGCCUUCAAUGACAACUUCACCUUUCUUGGGGAAGUUCACAGCCAUCUCUAUUUUCUCUAUGUGAAGACCAUGUACACAGUGGGCUAUGCCAUCUCCCUCAUGUCCCUGAGCAUUGCCAUAGUAAUACUUUGUGUGUUUAGGAAGCUACACUGUACGCGUAACUACAUUCACAUCCAGUUGUUCCUGUCCUUCAUCUUACGUGCAGCUUUCAUCUUUAUCAAGGACUCGGUCCUUUUUUCUAAAGAAGACUUUUACCACUGCAACUACUAUCCUGUAGGCUGCAAGCUUGUCUUGCUGUCAUCACACUACUGCAUCAUGGCCAACUACAGCUGGUUGUUGGUAGAGGGUCACUACCUUCACACUCUAGUCUAUGUCUCAUUCUUCUCCAGGAGAUUGUACUUUUGGUUGUACAUGACCCUAGGCUGGGGGUCACCGGCAGUCAUCAUAGUUGCCUGGGGCUUGGCAAAAUACUUCUAUGAAGAUGAAGGAUGUUGGGAAACCAGGAAACACACCUGGAUCUGGUGGAUUCUCAGAGUCCCUGUCCUCCUGUUCAUCAUUAUUAAUUUGUUGUUUUUCAUUAGUAUUACAAGAACACUAGUAGGAAAACUCAGGACCCCAGAUGUGCGUGGGAAUGAGUACAAUCAGUAUAAAAAGCUUGCCAAGUCAACCUUCCUCCUUGUGUCCCUCUUUGGUUUGCAAUACAUUCUCUUUGCAUUCUUCCCUGAGAAAGUCAGCGACUUAACAUACAAGAUAUGGAACUUUGUGGAACUUGCCCUUGCAUCUACCCAGGGCUUUGUUGUUGCAAUUCUGUAUUGUUUUUUAAAUGGAGAGGUGCAACACGAGUUCCAGAGGAAGUGGAGAAGAUGGAGGUUGAUGCAGUCACGUCAAGGAGGCAGGCAGUAUAAUUAUUCCCUUAGCCAAAGCGGUACCCCCCUCACACAAGUGUCUCUGCUAACUCGAGGUCCUGCUGCCAGUCAGUCCUAGUAUGAAAAAUACACCUUGUGUUAGCCUGAAAAGCCAUCACACAAAGUUCUGAAAACUGGUAGACAUUGAAACAAUCUCCUUCUAUUAGGGAUGUAACAAUACACUCAACUCACGAUUCGAUAAGAUUCACGAUUCUCUCACAAUUUUUUAACAGAAUGAGCUGCAGGCAAAUUUAUUAAAAAAUAUUCCUUUAAUUAACUUUCUAAACUAUGCAAAA